AUGCCAGUGAAUUCGAAAGAUGCAUUCGAUAACACUUCUCAUCCAUUCACAUGCACCGACAUCGGCCUUGCAUUAUCAUACAUGCACAAGGCAACAUCAAUAGGUGUUCAGCACUACAUAUGCAAUAGAAUCAGGUACUGUAAGCCUCCAAUACAUCUUCUUCCACAGCUGAUGCAUGUCUUCUUAAAUGUAUCUAGUGAUGAGAUUAGCUGGCCAAUGAGCAAGCUACUGAGAUUUUGGGCAUCCAGAAGCAAUGAGUUUGCAUGUGCACUUUACUUUCACCUUAGAUGCGCUCUUGAACAGAAUAAUACCAAAUCUGUGUUCUGCUACUUCAUGAUAUGUGAUCUGCUUGACAACAAUAGAAUUAAUACAUGUAGGAAUAUUUCUGUCCUUGAGUUGCAAUACAAACACACAAAAAGACUAAACAGAACAGUGUGCAUCCCCAAAGCACAGAAAGAAUAUCCUCGACUCAAAGGCAUGUUCUUGUUCUUUGCAAAGGUAGUGUCCUGGUUUAUUGAUCCAAGACUAUUCAAAAAACUUCAUGAAUACGAGGAUACCUUCAUUCAGGUUAAGCAUGCAUUCAACAUCAAUCCAAUAAAGGAUCUAAGCUCUGGUCAUGCAUUCAACAGGAGCAGAUUGGAGUCAAGUAUAAUGUUUAUCCAGUCGUUAGCUGAGAUUCCAGACAGGCUAAUGAAACUUCCAAGAUACCUUCGGAAACGUGGAUUAGAAAUGGAGAUCAGAUUACUGAAUCACAAUCUUCCUGCAAGGGUGUUUUUGCCCAUAGAUGCCACGAGACAUGCUCUGACAGCAAGGAUUGAAGAAUCUUUUCUGCUUGAUUCUGCAGAAAGCUCGCCGUUUCUUGUUGUUUUUGAAACAUCUGAGCAGAUUACCAGGCCAUGCGGUGGUCUAGAAAGUAACAAAGACAUCCAAUUCCUCAAACAACAGCUUGAUGCUGUCGAUAGACUUUCAUCUCUGGGCGAAAUAAACGUAGUGAGGGAGAACGUGUUGAUAUCGAUUGAAAGGAUCCUAAUGACAGAAAGGCAAGAAAAGACAUUGUGUUCAAGUACUCAUAUCACAGAUACAGAGCAUAUAAAACAAAAUGGUAAACCUAGCAACAGUGGUACAUCUCUGCACCAAUACAGACAAUUAGACGCCAGUCACACAGAUCAGGAAUAUUUAAAUGCAGACAUAAAGCUUGCAAAGCCACUGGCUGGACGUGGAAUAUUCAUGAUGGAAAAGAGGUCAUACUCUGCAGAGCAUCUCUCACAAGACGUUCAGGGAUAUGGACAGGAUGCCCAGGUUGUUUGCAGCAAUCUAGUAGAUGAUUUACAAAGCUCCCGUAACGAUCCAUCGAUAUACAAGUAUCAUAGUAGUUGGAUGCUGAAAACAGCCGAACUGAAGCGGACUUCACAAUUCAUUCAUGCAAAGGGAUGGCGUGCACAAUCUGUGAUAAUUAAGACUGGUGAGUCUCUUAAACAGGAGUUACUUGCAUAUCAGGUUCUACUUGAGAUGAAGCAGAUUUGGAAACAAGAGAAUGUACCUUUGUGGAUUCACGGAUAUCAGAUCUAUCUUGUAAGUAGCAGGUGUGGAAUAAUUGAAACAGUUGUUGAUGCAAUGUCGAUCCAUAAGAUCAAGCAGAAGAUGAUGCUGGAUGGCAAGAAUUACUCUCUGAAAAGUCAUUUUAUGGAAUCUUUUGGACAGAAUGGAGAAAGAUACAAAGACUGUGUUAGGAACUUCUUGUGCUCUCUGGUUGGAUACUCUUUGGCAACAUACAUUCUUCAAGUAAAGGACAGACACAACGGAAACAUCAUGAUUGAUAGGGAAGGACAUGUUGUCCAUGUUGAUUUCGGAUUCAUAAUGGGUGGGCAUCCAGGAUUUUAUUGUGUGGAGGGAGCUCCAUUCAAGUUUUCUAAGGAAUACCUUGAGCUUCUUGAUGGGCUUAUGGAUGAGUUUAAAGAGUUGUUUUUGCAGGGAUACCUGGCGUUGAGGCGGCAUAGUCACAGGCUCUUCAGAAUGGUGGAGAUGCUUUUUGAUGGCGCCAGCCCUGAGUGUUUUAAUCCGAGGGAGUUGGCCAACUUCAAAGAUAGAUUCCAAUUGAGUCUUGAUGAUGCAGGAGUUGCUGAGCAUGUGGAGUAUUUGAUAGGCAAGAGCUUUAACAACAUGGGAACGGGUCUUUAUGAUUCAUAUCAGUACUUUUCAUACGGAUAUUUGUGA